AUGUUCGCACCUCCAAGCCCCAUUCCUGGAAGUCGUCCAGCAUCGGCUGCAGGUCAUCAAGCAUAUUCCCACCAGCAUGUCUACGACCCAUCACGUUCCCCGAUGCCGCAAGAGCAACGCCUGCAUCGAAGCAACUCCUUCUCUUGGAAGCAUGAGCUUGGUCUGCCUCCCCUGCCCAGCGAAAUUGACGCACUUGGUGAUUCUCUCGACCAUGCUCUCGUCCCCCACAUGCGACCCGCUUCUCGCGCACGUGCCCUGUCUCCUGCAGUACGACCACCUUCUCGCUAUGACCCCGAAUUUGGCGGUCUGGAAGAUCCAGCAGAGCAGCGAGACCGCACACAGGACCACGUGAACAUGGUUACUAAGCACCCCAAGGUCAAGGUCGAUGUGGUGCUCUCAAGCAACAUCUUUGAAGCAGGCGCAAUGGUCAGCGGCAAGGUCGAACUCACCUGCACGACCAGUCAGCGCCUUCGCUUGGGACAGAUUGCGAUCGAGCUCGAAGCAGUCGAGCAGCUCACCUCUCGCGACCAUGCAGCGACACAACUCUUCCUCUACAACCGCACCAUGUUUCAAGGUGACAGCCUGCCUCCUUCCAAUGCUGUCUUGCCAGCUGCACCCGUCAACGGCUACUGGACCGCCCGCAAAGGUCGAACUACCUUCCCCUUCAGCUUCCGCUUGCCUUCCUCCGCGCCAUCAUGCGUCACCUUUGCUGGCAAUGCAUCGCUACGCUAUGGUCUCAAGGCCACUGUUCAGACCUGGUAUAACGAGGACAAGAUGAUUGUGACGGCUCGAAGAGAGGCAUUCGUUAUUGAGAAGUGGUCUGACGAGUAUCACCCUCGCUUCCGCGAGGCGGUCGAGGCGGUCGGCGACACUCGCCUCUUCAUGGGUGGCAACGGCGCAGUCUGGCUCGAAGCUGGCAUCUCUGAACAGCUCUUCUGGGGAGGUGGUCAGAUGCUGGUUCGAUGCGGUGUCAAGAACAACACCAAACGUCACCUCAGCGGUAUCAAGGUUGCAUUAGCUCGACGCCUCAUCUUCCCCGUAGGUAGCACCGAGGGCUUGCACGACAGUCCUGACAAGGUCUCACUUGAGCCACGUAUCACCGAAAUCGUGCACGAUCAGAUCUUCAAAGGACGCGAGUACGAGUUUGGACCCAACGCCGAGUCCGUUUGCACCGUUGCUGUCGACAUUCCUAGGGACCUGCGUACCAUUCGCAAAACUCGACUCUUCGAGGUGCGAACCUUCGCCAUGGUCAGUCUCUUGCUCGGCUCUUUUGCCAAGGAUCUGACUAUCGAGAUCCCGAUCUAUGUCGCUCACACAGCCAGCGGAAGCGGAGAGGCUCAGAGGAACCAUGGAGGGUUUGAAGCCGGACCACCAGCGCAUUCCCUCCCACAGCGACCGCACUCGUCCAUGGGCCAUUCGCACGUCUCUGCUCCACACCAGGCUCAGCAUCACCAUCACCAACACAAUCAUCAUCAUCAAACACAGCAUCAAGUCCACUCAGCCCAGGCGCAUCCGCAUCAUGGCCAUCAUGGACCGCAGAUGGAUCCCGGCAUGCUCGAGGUCAAGCGCAUCGCUGCCGAGCGAGGCUGGUCGCCCGCACCCAUGUUUGAUCCCCGUCAUCGCGCUGUACCGUCUUCAAGACCCGCCAGCACUGCUCCAGGUAUGAUCCAGCUGCCAUCCCAGGCGCAGCCUUUCGUGCUCAGCCCCAAUGGCCAAUUGGAGUGGAACCCGGCUGCCAACAGCUGGAAUGCAAGUCGAUUCAUGACGCCAGCACCUAUGGCUGGUCAUUAUAUUCAACGAUCUGUUAGUGCUGCACCAGACGUGUUCCACAACGUCGGACUCUCACAGCCCGCCAAUCAUCCCGCUGCACAGAUCACGGAUCCGGUAGCUGCGUGGACGGUGACACAGCGAGCCAUGUCAACUUCACCCGGUCCUGCUGCCCUGGCCCAGCAUGCCAACUUCGUCCCUCCCAAUCAUGCACCUGGUAUGCCCUUGCCACAGGUGGCUGCUGCAGACAUGGACGGCAGGCGUGGGUCUAUUACGUCUCAAGAACCUUAUGGUGGCGCUCCGCCUCAGCACGUCACCUAUCAGAACACGGAGAGGGAGGUCUUGCCACCCAUGCCGGAACCUCAGAACAUUCAAAAAUCAGCGCCAAGCCCGAAGCAAUACUCGGCUCCGCCGCCGCAACCACCGAUGAACGCAUUCUCAGGCGCAGGAGGAGCACCUCCUAUCGCUGGUCUCGCCACGAUCGAAGAAGACGGCGAGUCUCAGGCUGGCACGAUCAAGACGCUGCAGAAGCUGCCGACGCUCGGAAAGACCGGAACCAAAGGGAUGAAUGGCAGCAGCGUCUCGAGGAACAACAUCGAACAAUUCGAGGCGAUGGCUGAAGCCGAAGAGGACGAAGAGGAGGUCAAGAGGCAGAUGAUCGCUAUGGGCAUGCAGCCCGACGAUGAUGCUUUCCCUUCGCGCAUGACUGAGGCUCAAGCUGCUUCAGUCGCUCAACCGUCCGCCCCUAAUCGUGAAGGACCGGGACCAACGCCCGCGAAUUCAACGAAUCGCCGAAACGAGGCGUCACAAGCAUCGCAAGCAUCAUCGACGGGCACCUACAGACCCCGAGCCAGUGACAUCUUCCAGACAAUGUCUUCUCCAGAGCUACCUCACAGUCCGCUGGUUGAGGAGAAUCAACGCGACAAGCCAGCCGUCGAAGCUUCCGCCGCCAACGUCCGUCGCUCUCAGGAAAGCAAACCGGAGUCGAGUCAGUCGAAAGUAGAUCGUCGACCGUCUGUGGUGUCGCUGCGUCGCUCUUCUUCAUCACACGGCAUUGGACUUCAAGCGUUAGAGACGAACCUAGUUCGUUCAACCACACCCAAGAUCGCUUCGAGCCCGCGUGCUACUGUCACUAUGGCCAAUGUGGCUCGAGCUGAUGGCACUUUCAGCCCCUUGGCAUCUCCGUCCGUGGGGCAUGGCGGUGCGACAAGGUCGCGCAAGAACAGCGCAUUGCGUGCAGCUGCUCUGGCUCACGAAGAAUCUGAGCGACGAAGCGCCGAGGAGCAAGCUCGCGGCGCUGAAGAACGUAAACGACAGCUGCGAGAAGAAGAGGCCAGACAGGCUGCUGCCGCAGAAAGGGAAGCGGCCGAGAGGGAGGGUAGACGGAUCCGUGAAGCCGAGCAACAACGACAGGAGAGGGAGAGGAUUGCAGAGCAUGCCCGUCGACAGCGCGAGACACGUGAGCAGGAAGAGAAGCAGCGACUCAAGGACGAGGCCGAGAGGCUUGCACGAGAACAGGAGCUGCGAAAGCGUCAAGAAGAGGAGGAAAGAGAACGACAUUUACGCCAAACUGCUGAAGCCGAAGCUGCUCAGGCUCGAGCAGCAGCCGAAGCAGAGAGAGAAUCCCGUCGACGAAGCGAAGCCGCUGCUGCCAAGGCGAAGACGUCGAGCACGCCAAGCACACCAAUUGAAAGGAUUCACGCAGCCAUCACACCGGCGGCCAGUUCGAUCGCACCCUCGGUUCCAUCCAAGACGACUGUACCAUCAUUUGCUGCUCCAGGCCGGACGAGCGAUCGGGAUCGCGUCGCGCUCCAGCGGCAGGCCGUGCACCGUAUCGAUGGAUGGCUCUCGAACGCUGCUAGUCCCAACCCUUCGCACAUGGAGACACCUGGUACGCCCAGUGCGUCAGUGCUGUCGGUGCUGAAGAGGGAGGAGCCGAGGCUAUCCGCCGCGACGAAUGACGAAGCUCGAUCGUCAUUCGAUUACCGCUCGCCUUCACAGGUGAUCAAUCCUCUGUGGGACGGCAAGUCAGCUCGUUCUCAGACUGUCGAGGGUUCCAUGCCUAAGUCUCGUACCAUGGCCGACCUCACACCGUCUUCGAAAGCUUUUCAUGCUGCCGUCGAGAGUCGUGCAACCAAGGAUGACACAGUUCCACAGCUCUCUGCUGAGCUGAGAGCGCUGGUGGACAGCUCCGACAUUCGACCAGCUCGCAAGUCGGGCACUGCGCUCAAGGAGCAUCCGAUCAGCCGUCGAAUCUCUGGCCUCGGAGCAUCUGACAAAGCGCCUCCAAGUGUGGUGCCAGCUCCCUCUGCAUCGCAGGCGUCGUCGUCAGAGGUCAAGCGAGAGCGUCACACAUCAAUGCCCUCAUGGCCUCGUCCUGUCUUGCCAGCCCACAGCGGGAUCGUCGAUGUCAGGAACGUCUCCGGAGCUGCUCUUCCAGUCUCAAGCUCGAACUCCAAUUUGCCACUGAGCAGCGAACGUCGUGUGUCUCGCAACCCUGAAGCACGUGAAGUCGGCAUUCCUUCACGUGUCGAGAAGUCUCUGAUGGCGCCCACUUCGCAGACCAAGCAAUGUGGCAAGGAUGAGGCAGGCUACGACGCACGUUCUGCUCGCGGCGGUCGAGGAGGACGUGUUGCCUCUGUGGCUCAGCUUUGGUCCAAGAUCGCAGGCGACGAAGAUGUUGGAGCAACUGAAGUUGAUCAAGGCUCUCUAGCGGCUCCACAGACCGACUCUCAGCCUCGUUCGGCUUCACCUUCCAGUGCUUCUACUGUGAAGCCCAAGCCACGACGAUCGUCGUCAGCAACCGGUGGCGCUCCUGCGCUCGACUUCAGCAAGAAGGCGAUGGUAACGUCGGCAUCCACAACCGGCGUCACUGCUAUUGCUGCUACUUUCGGAGGAGCAGCCAACUCAGCGAAGCCUGAAUCACUCAAGAGCUUCACUGCGCCACAGUUCCUCAACACGAGCGUGUCCAAGCCAGUCUUUGCCAGAGUCGGUGAAUCGACUGCAUCGAAUCAGACCUACGCCAAACCAGAGAAGCGACCUCUUCCUAAGCCUGUGCUACAGCCAGGUGCGGUGCCUGCGCCACAGUUGGUGCGACCCACAGCGAUGCGAGCACAGAAGGCGCCAGCUGUCGAACGAUCAUCUCGCCGUAUCAGCACCCAGCUGCUCUCGACGUUUGAGAAGGAGAAGACGUCCACUUCGGAAACCCCGAACGCUCCAGCCUCGGUCAAGGAGAUGAUGAGCAAGGUGGCUGUAGACUCGACUAUCCUCGGUGCCCUUCAGGGUGUUGAUGCAUCCACGGCGCAAAUGACCCACGACAUGUCGACGUUGAGGCGUGCCGAUGGCACCGAGGUCAAAAUGAGCGGCCGAGGCACGACCAAAGCUAUCGGCGGAAACAAACUCAAGAAUCUUCGAGCUGUUUGGGGCAGCUGA